AAAUCGCGCACCUAAAUUAUAUCCAACCACUUGACACCCCUAUUUUCAACAAAAUCAACAAUGCCUUAAAAGGCUAAAACACUGGUGUAUUCCAUCAUCUGCCAUAUUUCUUCUUCAAUCCACUCUACUUUCUCCUGUUUUUCGUAGUUCUGCACACCAGCUUCUUCGGCAUUUUGAAUAUCCGGUGCGAUCUUGAAUUAUCAAGGCAUGGAGAAAGCCGAAACAAAUAAUGUAAACAACAAUGGUGAAGAAGUGGCUGAAAGCACGACAGCAGCCGACCACAGUGAAAGACCUAAUAAUAUGACAUGUAAUAACAACAGUGUUAUUCCUGCGCCAGUGUUGGAUGAGAGCCGCAGGGGAGAAUUUGGUACCGAUGUAAAUCAAGGCGACCAAGGAGCGCCACAGCCUUCUUGGAGAACUCCCUUCACUGACCUUUCCCAAAUAGAUGCCGAUCUCGCCCUUGCCCGUACCUUACAGGAGCAGGAAAGAGCAUAUAUGAUGCUUACAAUGCAUGGUAACGGGAGUGAUUAUGUCAGUGAAGAAGAAUAUGUACAUGACUACCGCCACGAUAGCUCGGGUGAUCCCAGUGAAGUAGAUGAUAGCCAUGUAGAUCUAGAUGAUGAAGAUGCUUUUGAUUUUCAUUCUCGUGAUGAAGCAAGCGAUGAUGAGAACCAAGGUAUUCAGUUGGACCCAGCUGCUUUUCCAAGUGAUGAGGCCUAUGCUAGAGCACUACAAGAAGUUGAAGAGAGGGAAAUGACAGCUAGAUUGCUCGCCCUUGCUGGACUAAAUGAAGGCAUAGCUCUAAGUGAAGAGGAUCAUGGUCAAAACUCUCAGGUACGAAGGCUGACCAUGUUCCUGCUCAUCCCGGGAUCACCUCGUAACUCUACUCGCUUGCCCCCCACCUCGAAGUUCAUGGUUAAUUUCUUCCAAUCUGUCCGGAAUUCUCCCAAUGUGGCCAACCAAUCCACGCCUAGAAUGAUAUCCACCCCCACCAAAGCAAAAACAUAACAAUCUGCGGCGAUAGCACACCCCGGCAACGCGAUAGGAAGUUGUCUACACACCCCAUCCGACUCCUGUCUAUGACCAUCUCCCAACUGCACCCCAAAUCUGCCUGUCCUGUCCGGUUUCAAUCGCAAUAGGGAGACCAGGGACGAAGAAAUAAAGUUGUGACUUGCGCCACUGUCUAUCAAAAUUGUUACAGUGCAACCCGCAACCACCCCUUGAAGUCUCAUCAUUCUAGGGCUGAAAAUUCCAGCCAUAGAAUAGACUGUAAAAUCUCCUUCAUCUCCCUCUGAUCCAUGUCGAUCCUCUGGAACAUCUUCCUGUCCGGUUAUGUCACAAAAGUCAUGUUGUUGGAGGUCCAACUCCUCGUCCUCCUCUGCUAACAACACUCGUAACUGCUUUAACGGGUAGUCGUGCCCUGGGGUGAAGGGUUUCUUGCAUUUAAAACACAAUCCCUUUGCCCGCAAUUCUUCUAACACUCUUGGCGGAAGCCGAGUGAACUUGGAACGUGCCGUAGACUGCCCAGACAGCCCUGAUUGUGCCCCCGCGACCUGUCCAGGAGCCUUGAGCCCGCUGCUACUCGAGCCCCUCAUGCUGCUGCCACUUGCGGCCAUGUUGCUACUCCCACUUGGUCGAGGAAAACCCCCCGAACGUGUCCCUGCAUUGUUGUAUGACUGACUCCCUCGUCCUCCAUUCUGAAAGGACAGAUUGUCUUCUACGUCUCUGGCUAGUUCCAUGGCUGUCUCCAAGCUAUUCGGGCGCAACAACCGCAACGAACCCCGAAUCGGCCCCUUUAGUCCAUUCAUAAAAUACCCGAGGUAAUGAUCGUCAGACAACCCUGGGACCUGACUCGCUAACUGGACAAAAAUCGAGAUGUACUCCUCCACCGUCCCUGUCUGCUUGACCCCGGACAAUCGCUCGAAACGACUGCCCUUAAAUCCAUUCAUAAAAACGACUGCUCGCCACCAGCCCCUGCGUGAACUCUUCCCACGUAAUGCUAGGCUUUCGCGUCCUUAACCAGGUUACCCAGUACAAGGCUGCCCCUUCCAUUGCCACUACAGCUGCUGCUACCUUCCUUUCCGGCGGAGUGCAAUUCAACUCGAACUGCUGCUCGGCCCUAGCGAUCCAACCAACGGGAUCCUCUCCGUCAAACGAAGGAAGCGUCAUGUCUUGUGCGCCACGCUGCCUUGGCUCAAACGAAGUUGCCGAUGUCUCGUUCUGAGAAGUCGCCGCUGAAGUCUUCCCUCCAGCCGUCAAUUGCGCGAACGCCGUCGUGAGCGCAACCAAGGAGGCUGCGAUCUCAGCCAGUUGCGCACUCUGCGCAUCCAAUUUCUGAUUCAUCGAGGCCUGUUCGGCCUCCACCUCCGUCAAAUGCUCGGUAUUAGAUCUAGUCAUUCCGGCGGAAACGGGAUCCGGCAGGUCGGACCAAUUGAUGAAAGCAGAAAAUCCAAAACUUCAAUAUUCUUGAUUAUUCUCACUAAACCCUAAUUAGGGAUAUAAAUACCGUAAUUAAAGAAUAACAUAAUAAUAAUUAAAAGAUACUCCCCAGGCCCAACAAAGAAACAACAGAAAUUAAAAGAUACUCUCCAGGCCCAAUCAAAGAAACAACAGAAUAAUUAUAAAUUAAAAGUCUAUUAUAAAAGAACCCAACCCACGAAGGUGGGCUCAAGCCCGUCCCCGCCUUCGGUAGACCAGCAGUGGUCUCGGCCUCUCCUUCUCCAAGUCAAGCUGCUGCUCCCUAUCAGACUUGUCUAGUAAAUAAUACUAGGGAUCUCCAAAGAUUCUCCAAUCCCUGAUUUAUUGGUCCUCCAGAUUUGUGAUAUUUGUAUGUGUGGUUUGCUGAUUUUUUUACUUUCCACUUUUUACGGUGGUAUUGGCGCUCUAUGAACACAUCAGUCUGACAUGUCAAUUCUUUUUUAGGAAUCCUGAUGUGGGAUUAAUGGAAUAGAAGUUGACGCUUGUCUGUUUUGCCUGAAUUCACGUGGAAGGCAGUGCUUUUAAUUACCCAUGUGGUUGUCGCAAUCACAUGCCAAUAUAUUACUUCUAGUGUAAUUUGUAACUUAAAACACACAAAAUGUUAUGUAUUUUCAUAGUUUUGACCCUCAAGUAGGUCCUACAGUCAUCAGUUUAAAAGGUGAGGUGGAAAAAGUAAAAUGUUGAUGGUGUUCGAUUUAGGAAUCCGGGUAAUCAACAUUAGUGUAGAACGAACUAAAAAAAGAAAGCAUGCCAAUGGUUGUGUGAAUUCACAAAAUACAUCUUAUAUACUCCCUCCGUAUUUUAAAGUUCCAUACACUUUCCAUUUUGGGAUGCAUUUAAAAGUUCCAUACACUUUCCCUUUUUGGUAAGUUUUUCCUUUAAAAAUACUCUAUUACCCUUACUUUUCUAUUUUUUAUCCUCUCUUUCCUACUUUUUCACCUUAUCUCCUACUUUUUCUAUACUAUUCCUUACCCCUACUAUUUUCCCUUAAAUCUUGUGCCAUAACCUAACGUAUGGAUCUUUUAAAUACGGAGUAUCAUUUUUCAGGAUGCAUGGGAGGAAGUUGAUCCAGAUGAACUCUCCUAUGAGGAAUUGAUUGCAUUGGGUGAAGUAGUUGGAACAGAGACCAGGGGACUUUCUCCACAUACAAUUGCCUCUUUGCCAUCAAUGAAUUACAAAGCAGAAAUUACCAAAGACGGGUUUAAUGAUACAUGUGUCAUAUGUCGAUUGGACUAUGAAAAUGAUGAGACCUUGACAGUGCUUUCAUGCAAACAUUCAUAUCAUCCUGAAUGUAUAAAUAUCUGGCUAAGAAUAAACAAGGUGUGUCCUGUCUGUAGUGCAGAAGUCCCCUCUUCUGGAAACAGUUAGCGGAGAUAUUCGCAUCUGCCACUGUUCACUGUUUCUGGAUUUCUGAUGAGACAAAGUUGAGGCUUCUAUGACCUGGGCUCAAGAAGAUCUAUAUCAAUUGUUUUUGCAAUUCUUGUUCCUUAGAAAAUACAGUGUUACUAACAAUGUGACUGUUAUAUUGCUGCUAUAUUUUCACAUAUCAUUGAGUGUAUAUUUUAAACAUGAAUGCAGCAGAUUUAUUGUUCCUCAUUGGUCAGUGUACCACCCAUCUUCAUUCCAUUGAGGUGAAAGCUGGCCCCUCUUGACAUGAAAGACUGGGAUAUAGUCAAAUCUGGUCUGAUUUGGGAAAAUCUGCUUCAUCUUUUGUUGUGAGACUAAAUAAAUGUGGAUGAUAAAGAAUAUUAUUUUAAUUAAAAUUAUUUUGAUGGAAUAUUAUUGGAUACUGUUUUAGAAAGAAGGAUUUUACUCCUAUAAGGAGAUACGGUUUAAUCAAAGCUUAAAUGAUAUUUUAGGUAUGAAAGCUACUUUGGGG